CCUCCGCCGCCCUGCCUGCCUUCCCCCACCCUCGGGAGACCCCCGGGCGCCACGCAGCGAACGGUGAGCGGCGCGCGCGCCGCCCCCCGCAGAACGCGUUCCCGGCGGGCCCCGCGCGGCCAGGGCGUGGGCGGUGCCUCCCCCUCCCCCCCAGCGGAGCUGCCCGCGCCCCCUCCCCUCGGAUGUGGCUGAGCUGAAGCGCGCAGGCGGGAGACUCUGCAGGAUCCGCGGCCCUGAGCAUCUGAGCGGUGAACUCUUCAAGUCUCCGAUUAAAUUUUAAAAAUGGCCUCCAAUAAAACUACAUUGCAAAAAAUGGGAAAGAAACAGAAUGGAAAGAGUAAAAAAGUUGAAGAGGCAGAGCCUGAAGAAUUUGUGGUAGAAAAAGUACUGGACCGUCGUGUAGUGAAUGGGAAGGUGGAGUAUUUCCUGAAGUGGAAGGGGUUCACAGAUGCUGAUAAUACUUGGGAACCAGAAGAAAAUUUAGAUUGUCCAGAAUUAAUUGAAGCAUUUCUUAAUUCUCAAAAAGCUGGUAAAGAAAAAGAUGGUACAAAAAGGAAAUCUUUAUCUGACAGUGAAUCUGAUGAUAGCAAAUCGAAGAAGAAGAGAGAUGCUGCUGACAAGCCCAGGGGCUUUGCCAGGGGCCUUGACCCUGAGCGAAUAAUCGGUGCCACAGACAGCAGUGGAGAGCUAAUGUUUCUCAUGAAAUGGAAAGACUCAGAUGAAGCUGACUUGGUGCUGGCAAAGGAGGCGAAUAUGAAGUGUCCUCAGAUUGUCAUCGCCUUCUAUGAGGAGAGGCUGACUUGGCAUUCUUGUCCCGAAGAUGAAGCACAAUAAUUGUUUGCAUUUAUAUAUAUAUAUAUAUGUUUAUAUAUAUAUAUAUAAUCUGGAUCUUGGGUUUUGAAUUACUAGUGUGGAAAAAAUAGCAUUCUAAUGAAAAUCAAGUUUGAUAUGCUGGUUUUGAAAGUAUUGACAGUAGUUGGGAUAUUUUUGGUUUUUGUUCUGCAUCAAAAGGCACUGAUUCCUUUGAGCAAGUGAGAGCUUUCUGUAGUUGCUUCCUUUAACAGUAGAAUAUUUGAUACCAUGUUGUAUUUCCUCAGCUUUGAAGAACAGCUUUUCUUAAUUGCUGGGGAGAUUUUACAGUCAUUACUCAAGUCAGAACUUAUUUUUAACUGGGACACAGAAGGACCAUUCUGGGUUUUUUUGUUUGUUUGUUCGUAUGCAGUGUAUGCAUAAAACACUUACAUAACCUGUCUGUUUUACCUUUUUUUUAAUACUCAAAAGAACCGAAUGUGAAAACACAAGUUGAUGAGAUUCCAUCACCGUGAACGUUCUCCUGAAACCAUAACCUUUCAGAAUAAGCAGAGUCUGUAAUUUAUUGGAUAGUUUAUUUACAGAAUGUUGUCCAUACCAACACCCCUUCAGGAAAUGGAAUUAGACAACAUAGUAGUAUGAUUUAAUAACAAGGCUUGGCCGAGUGUGGUGGUGCGCACCUUUAAUCCCAGCGCUCUGGAGGCAGAUGGAGCUCUGAUUUAAGAGGCCCCGGGUCUACAGAGGCAGGGCCAGGUCAGCCGGUCUGUGUAAAGGUUCCUCUAGUGAACCAUUCCUUUGUAGAAAGUUAAAAUCUGUAUUAAAAGGUUAUGAUUCAUGGAAUCUGUUUGAUGUGGAAAUAGAAUCAUGGUUGGAGCUGAUGUUGGCGAUUUAAGACCUGCUGACUAAGCGAGUGAACAAAAUCUGCUAAUAUCAAUUAGUGCCCUGCAUGCUUUUCCUUCACCCUGACUCAUUCCUUACUGGUAGGAUCGAUCUUUUCAGUAUUUGCGUUCUGGUCCAAUGAGCCAGAAAAGGAACUUUGUAGUGUCAGAACGUCAUCCAACUGUAUAUUUACUUUAUUGUAAAUAAUGGUGAACAGUGGUCAAUAAAUAGUUUUAUAUUCCUUUA